CGGCUGUAUCUCAGAAUGGCAGCGCCGACCCUCUUCAAGCUCUGACUCUGAGUUUGUUUCCUGUGCAGCCGUCAGUCGCUCUGCACCAUCAACAACAUGGCCAUAUGCAGAAAAGACAGCUUCCUCUGGGGGAAAGCUCCACUCAAACUCCCACCAGACGUGAGGAGACAGAGUGAAACACAUAAGUUCGAGGUGCUGGAUGACAUUCAGAAGCUGAGGUUGGAGAUCAAUCACGUCAUGCCUAAAAUCCACAGCCCUGAACUGAAGGAGCAGAAUAAAAAUGUUGUGAGGAACAGGAGAUUCCUACGUGGGAAAAAGAAAUUCAACAUGGACCCCAAAAAAGGUGUCCACUACCUGGUUGAAAAUGGCCUUCUUGAGUGGCGAGCGGAGUCAGUGGCAGAGUUUCUUUACAAAGAGGAGGGCCUCAAUAAGACCGCCAUUGGAAACUUCUUGGGAGAAAGGGAGAAAAUGCACCUGGAGAUACUGAAAGCAUUUGUGGGUCUGCACGAGUUCUCAGACCUGAAUCUGGUGCAGGCACUGAGGCAGUUUCUGUGGAGUUUUCGUCUCCCCGGAGAAGCUCAAAAGAUUGACAGGAUGAUGGAGGCGUUUGCAGCUCGCUACUGUGACUGUAACCCCGGGGUCUUCCAAUCCACAGACACCUGCUACAUCCUGUCUUUCGCCAUCAUCAUGCUCAACACGAGUCUCCACAACCCCAACGUGAAAGACAAGCCCACCCUGCAGCGAUUUGUUUCCAUGAACAGAGGCAUCAACAACGGCGAGGACCUACCCACCGAGCUGCUCACGAAACUGUAUGCGAGCAUCCGCAGUGAGCCCUUCAAAAUCCCAGAGGAUGAUGGGAACGACCUGACGCUGACGUUUUUUAACCCAGACCGUGAGGGCUGGCUCCUUAAAAUGGGAGGUCGGGUUAAAACAUGGAAGAGAAGAUGGUUCAUUUUGACUGACAGCUGCUUGUACUACUUUGAAUACACAACAGAUAAAGAUCCAAUCGGGAUUAUUCCUCUGGAGAACCUGUGUGUCAGGGUGCUACAGGACUCAAGCAAACCGUUCUGCCUGGAGUUAUAUAACCCUAAAGGACAAAAGAUCAAGGCCUGCAAGACAGAGAACAAAGGCAGAGUGGUCCAGGGUAAACACCAGUCUUAUAAGCUCAGUGCAGCCAGCGCAGAGGAGCGGGACGACUGGAUAGAUGCGAUCAGGGCGAGCAUCACCAAGGACCCUUUUUAUGACUUGGUGACACUACGUAAGAGGAAGGUCAUCAGCAACACUUCCUCAAAGGACUGAAAAAGCACACGAGUUGAAAAACAUUUCCAUUUGGAUCUUCGAUGUGUUUAACUGAUGAAUGAUGUUUAGUUUUAAUGACAGCUCAGCCAAAAGUUAAUCGAGGUGCAUUUUAAAGAACUGUGCAAAUUAGGAAGUGACGCUCACAGUGUAAGAGGAGAAAAGCGAACUGUGGCUUUACAGUUUCCACAUUACUUCAGCAAAAUGCACCCACUGCUGCUCCAACUUCAGGGGACAAGAGGCCUGACUCACAAACAUCUACUGUGAAGCAGUAAUACUAUGAAGGUCUGACCCAGAGCUGACCAUUACCGCAACCAAAAACAAAACGACUUAAAACAUAUAUAAAAUAAUCGUGAAGAGGGACAAAACGACUUCAAAGUGCUGGUAUAGUGAACAAUUGUGUGAGGUUUGAUGGGUCAAGCUUGAAUAGUAUGCAUCUAAUUAAAACAUCCCAGGUGAGAUCAUUCUGAAGUUAUUUUGCUCACAAGAUUUUCAGGAAACUUGACCUCUGACCUCUGAUCUCCGAGGUUCCCAAGAUUCAAACUCAUCCAAGAUUUUUAGUAGCUGCAUCUACGGCGGGAAUUUGAACAUCCUAGCUCACAUCAUUCUCGAGCUAUGCCCAACGUUAAAGUUUUUGUGGAACUUGACCUCUGACCCUUACCCUCAGGUCAAGGUCACUGAAAUUCAAAUUCAUCUGAAUUUUUUUUUUUUUUUUUUUGAAGAUGCAUCUGUGGUGUGAAUUUGAAAAUUCUAGGUCACAUCAUUCUCGAGUUAGGUCACAUCGAAACAGACGCCGACGAUGCCAAGGCUGUGACAAUACCUCGACCUUUUCUUCAAAACAGCCGAGCUAACAGUCGACUGAGAGACAACCACAAAGAGACACAAAUGGCUACAAAGUGUCAAAAAAACAAAAGCCUUUUUCAGACAUUUCAGCCAUCUUUUCUGCUAAUCCGACAGUAUCUCAACUUGUCAGAUUAUUGUAUGAAUGCUCACUGUGGUCAGUUUUCUGUAAAAGUCAACAUGGCAGUUCCUUUAUGUUUCAGACUGAAUGCACGCAUAUAUAUUUAUUUGUUUAUAUUAAAAUAUUUAAAGUAGAUGAUUUCACUGAUGUAGCAGAUAAAAUGUACAGUUUAUUAUUAAUGUAUAUUCAAAGGCUUUAACUUCAACUCUCAACACUUUUACCUGUUUCUUUGCUCUCCUGUGCCGUCCUGACGCUUUAGCUUGUGUAAAAAUUAAUUUAGCACUUUUUAAAACCCAUUCCAGCUGUUUUGUAAGAGAAAAAAUGCAUUUUGGUUCUUGAUUAUAAAUUCAAAUUAAUUUUAACUUAUAAUUCUUUGUACAGUAUGUUUUCAAUCUCUGUUUUUUUGUAUAAUUUAAUGACUUU